AUGGAGCGUUACAGCUGCUAGCUUAACACACAUCUCCGUUUGAGUCGUCUUCAUUUCAGUGUUUCAAGUCAUCUGUGGAGGAUUGUUUUUAAAAAGCAGCCAUGAUCAGCAGGAACUUCAAGAACAUUUUGGUGGUCUCCAUCGGCUUUCUGUCUCUGUUCACGGCUUAUGGAGGUCUGCAGAGUUUACAGAGCAGCCUGAAUGCAGAGGAAGGGAUGGGCGUGGCGUCUCUGAGCGUCAUCUACGCCUCCAUCAUCAUCUCCUCCAUGUUCCUGCCACCCAUCAUGAUCAAAAACCUGGGCUGUAAAUGGACUAUCUGUGCAGGCAUGGCCUGCUACGUCUCCUACUCCUUUGGGAACCUUUACCCCGGAUGGUACACUCUGAUCCCCACCUCUAUGAUCCUAGGUUUGGGGGGCUCGCCCAUGUGGUCGGCUAAAUGCGCGUACCUGACCAUCACCGGAAACAUCCAGGCGGCUAAAGAUGGAAAGAAGGGCUCUGAUGUCAUCAACCAGUACUUCGGCAUCUUCUUCUUCAUCUUCCAGUCGUCUGCCGUGUGGGGAAACCUCAUGUCGUCGCUCAUCUUUGGACAGGACACAAAUAUAGCUGACAUCUCAGAGGAGCAGCUGCAGACGUGUGGAGCUGCAGACUGUGGCCUCACCGUCCCCGUCAACAGCACCACCAACAGACCUGCUCAGAAGCUGGUGUGGACACUCGUCGGAUGCUACAUCGGUGUCGGUGUGCUGGCCAUCCUCAUCGUGGCCAUCUUCCUGGACAACAUCGACCGGGAUCAGACCAGCGAUUUUCGUGAGAACCGUGAGCCGUUCCUUCAGACGUUCUUGGCCACGUUCACACUGCUGAAGGACUGGAGGCUGGUCACCCUCAUCCCCCUCACCAUGUACAGCGGCUUCGAGCAGAGCUUCCUCUCUGGAGAGUACACCAAGAACUACGUGACGUGUGCUCUGGGGAUCCACUACGUUGGAUUCAUCAUGAUGUGUUUUGGAGCCGCGAACUCUCUCUGCUCAUUUCUGUUUGGGAGACUUGCUCAGUACGUCGGGAGAGCCACGCUGUUCUAUCUGGCUGCAGCUUUAAACUUCGGCUGCAUCAUCGGUCUCUUAUACUGGAGGCCUCAUCCUGGCGAGCUGGCCGUCUUCUUCGUGUUUCCUGCUCUGUGGGGGAUGGCCGACGCAAUCUGGCAAACUCAGACAAACUCUCUCUACGGCGUCCUGUUCCCCCGGGAUAAAGAAGCAGCGUUCGCCAACUAUCGGAUGUGGGAGUCGCUGGGUUUCGUCAUCGCCUUCGCCUACAGCACCUUCUUAUGUCUGGAGUAUAAGCUGUACAUCCUGUUGGCCGUGCUGGUGCUGACCAUGAUCACUUACCCCAUAGUGGAGUACAAGGAGUAUAAGAACCCCACGCCACCCAUCGAGAAGGGAACGUACACAAAAAACAAAGACUCUGACGACAUGGACGAGGGGAAAGUCAUCUGUCAGACGGAGUUAUAGACAGAGAGACUUUUUACUACAUCCUGGUAUUCACGCCGCUAAGUUCAAAGUGCAUUAAAAUGCUGUUCUGAAUAAACUUCACAUAUUGUAAGAUGUUGUGAAUUGAAUGACAGAUAUAUGUAUCUUUUGCAACGAUACAAUUCUCUGUGGUGUUUUUCUAAUGUCUCUCUCCUGUGUCUAAAAUGACGAAUUGUAAAUUUGAUGAUUUUUUUGGUGCUUAAUAAAUGUAAAUAUGUUAAGAUGUGUGUCUAAAUAAUAAACAUUUGUACAGAU